AUGCCUCAUAGCUACUGCCAAUCAUUCAGGAGCUCCUAUGAGCCACCACUGCUCUCUGCCAUUGAACAUGGCUCUAAUUCUGCAAGCUUUGGAGAUGGAAUCUGUUUGCCUAGUGCUUGCCAUGGCAGAACCUGGCUCUUGGACAACUUUAAAGGAGCCUGCAAUGAAACCACCAGCUGCCAACUAACCAGUCAGGAGAGGGACCAUUUGACAGAGGAUACGUGUGUGCAAAGUUCCUGCCUCUCCCGGGUUGUCCAAACAACUUGUUCCAAUUCCAAGCCUUCUGAAAGGACGUCAUGCCAACCAAGAAGUUCUUUGGCAGUGCCAGAGAAUGUGGCUCAGCCUUUCCAGGCAGGAAGCAGUCAGCAAGUGAGUUUUGGAGCCCAUCACCCGCAACCUGAGAGCUCCUUGGCAAAGUGUAGUCAACUAGAAACUUUUUCGUCUCAGAGUUGCCAGAUUCUGGAGUAUGAAUCCAGCCAACGCCAAUGUCAGAUCUCGGAAUCUGGUUCCUGUAGCCCACUGGUCAUUGUUGCCCCUGGGCCACAAUUCUCAGAAUCUUCUAGCACUUAUGAGCCAGCGUGCUGUGUUACUGGUGGUUUGCAGUUGCCUAGUAAGUGA